AUAGUUUAGUUAUUUAUUUACAUAAAAAUUGUUAUAUUUACAUAAAGUAAUCAAUGAAUUCAAUUCAGAACGAGUUAAUUGAUAUUAGAAACAGUUGCGAAAAUACAAUAACGUGUUCAAGAUUAUUAAGUUGUGAAGAAACAAUAGUUGCAGUAGAAAUCGUUCAUUCAUUGACUAUUAAACUAAUUGCUUGUCUACGAUUCCCUAUAGAUGGGUAUCCUAAAAAUUGUCUUUUAAUUGAGCUAAAAAGCAAAACACUAAGUGAUAGGUUUUUAAACAAUUUAACAAAAAUUUGUGAAGAGCAUUGCAAAUCAAACUUACUAGGGAAAGAACAGGUUAUUGCUUUUCUGAAAUUUUUAUCAAAUACACUUCAGAAAAAUCCGUUAUGUGUUUGUCACGACGAACUUAUUUCAUUGAAAGAGUUUGCUCUAAAAGCUAAUUUCACAUUAAAGUUGUGUCAGAGAAGAUCUUGUAUCAUACUUAAAUCUAGAUUUCACAAUUACAUUUUUAAUGUUGAAGCCACAAUUCCACCUGAAUAUCCAUAUUCAAAAAUAGAAUGGACCUUGUUUGAAGGCAACUUUCCGAAUAAUUUGAUGCGAUACUUGAAUGCACAAGCAAAAGAGAUCGUAAGAAAAAACGUCGAGCCGCCUCUUAGAGAAUAUAAAAAUGAACCAAGUUUUAAAGUUCAGCCUUGUUUGGAAAAAACAUGUAAAUUUUUGAUACUUACUAUUCAAUAUUUUCUAAAUGAAGUUUGUCCAGUGUGUAAACAGAAAUGUUUACCGAAAAAUUCUAAAGAUAUCGUUACUGAUGAAGAUAAUCAAUGGUUCGUGGAACGAGCUCAUUGUGGUCAUAUUUAUCACUCAGGUUGUUUACAAAAGAUUUUUUUGGAGCCUCCAUUCCCCAUAGAAGGAAAAUUAUGUUUAGCUACUGAUAGUAAAGAAGAAGCAUGUCGUCAAAAGCUUACGCAUUACAAAUGGACGUUGAAUUCGAAAAAGGCUGAACAAAGGUGGGCACAUAAAAAUGCUAAGGAUCGAGAAUUGAAAGAAAUAGAAGAUUUUUUAAGUUGAUUAAGAGAUAUGAAUCCAUUUUUGAAAGUUUAAAUUCGAUAUCAAAAUUAUUUUAAAUCAAUUUUUAUUAUUAAGUCACUCACUAAUUGAAACUUUUAACAGUUUCAAAUUCACUUUAGAAUAGAAGGACACAAAUGUUACUACCGAUAAUUAUGGUGAAUGGAAGGUCCAUUGCCCCGAAUUGGGUAACUUCAUAGAUGUGAUCUAUGAGGUCGAUAAUUCGAUCUCGAUGGUGAAAGGGAUAUCACGUCGCUACUUAUCGGAUCACCUAUCUGAGCUGAGCAAUAGAGAUUCAAUAUUUUAGUUUUUGACCGUUUGUCUCUUCCUAAACACCAUUACUUCAAUAAAUAAUAAUGUGAUUCAGAUUGAUUGUACUUAGGGUGCACACAGAACAAAAUAAUUUUUUACCACUGAUUGUACUUAAAGAUUUUCGGAUAAUAUUUACAAUGGAAAUUCGACUGUUCGAGACUUGUUUGCUAUUUGAUGAAAUUAAAGAGGAUUUUGUGUGUUCCAGAUUUUCCCCCUAAAUUAUUGAUGUCUUUAAAGAGAUGACAAUAAAGAACGAUUAUUAUUAUUUUAUUUAUAUUAUUUUAUGUGAAAUUACAAAAUUAUUUUAAAUUUUAAAAUAAAAUCAUCAAUUAAAACAAUAUUAAAAUUUAAAUCUUGCCCUAACAACAUUGAAAAUUAAAUUAAUUUUUUAAAAGCCACUUCCCGGCCGUUACAGUAGAGUAUUUAGUCCGUAGAAAAAUUUGUACAAAUGAUGAAGAACACGACAAUAUAUAAAUAUAAUAUUUAUUUUUUAAAAUAAAAUAAGAUUCAAAUAAUUAAUAAAUGAAAAA